GCACAUUCACUUGUCCACCGUUUCAUCCACAAAAAUGAUUCAAUUUCUAACUCCAGUUCUCCUCUUCAUCGUCUUAUACGUUUUCUGGAAGGUUUACAAGACCCAGAAAACUGGAAGAAGCAAAAUCAAUCUUCCACCAGGGAGCUUUGGAUGGCCCUUUCUCGGAGAAACUCUCGCGUUUCUACGUGCAAAUUGGGAUGGAGUUCCGGAGAGAUUCGUUCAAGAACGGGUCGAGAAAUACGGAAGCCCUCUGGUGUUUAAGACGUCGUUACUUGGCGACCGUAUGGCCGUGCUGUGUGGUCAUGCCGGUAACAAGUUCCUGUUUGGGAAUGAGAACAAGCUGGUGGCUGUGUGGUGGCCAUUGCCGGUUAGGAAACUUUUCGGGAGGUGCCUGAUAACGAUUCGUGGCGAUGAAGCAAAGUGGAUGAGGAAGAUGUUGUUAUCUUAUCUUGGUCCUGAGGCUUUUGCCACUCACUAUGCUGCCACCAUGGAUGCUGUCACCCGUCGCCAUAUCCAAGUUCAUUGGCAAGGCAAGGAAGAGGUGAAUGUAUUUCAAACCGUUAAAGUAUACGCCUUUGAGCUUGCUUGUCGUUUAUUUCUGAGCCUCGAGGAGCCAAACCACAUUGCAAAACUCGCUUCCUUGUUCAACAUUUUCAUGAAAGGCAUCAUCGAGCUACCUAUAAACUUCCCAGGGACAAGGUUUUAUAGCUCGAAAAAAGCAGCAGCAGCCAUUAGGACCGAACUCAUGAUGAUUAUCAAAGCAAGAAGAGUGGAACUGGAAGAAGGAAAUGCAUCAACUUCACAAGAUCUCUUAUCACAUUUGCUUACAUCUUCAGAUGAAAAUGGCAGGUAUUUAACCGAGAACGAUAUUGCAAACAACAUAUUGGUACUACUCUUUGCAGGGCAUGACACCUCCGCUGUUUCGAUCACUUUACUACUCAAGAGUCUUGGUGAACACCCUAAUGUUUAUGACAAGGUGUUGAAAGAGCAAAUAGAGAUUUCAAAUGCAAAAGAAGCAGGGGAAUUACUAAAAUGGGAGGACAUACAAAAGAUGAAAUACUCUUGGAAUGUUGUAUCAGAAGUCAUGAGACUAACUCCACCAGUCACCGGAGCCUAUAGAGAGGCUCUAGUGGAUAUCGAGUAUGCAGGCUACACCAUCCCCAAAGGAUGGAAGCUACACUGGAGUGGUUCCCAUACUCACAGGGAGGAGGCUAACUUUGAAGAUCCGAUGCGUUUUGAUCCAUCAAGGUUUGAAGGCGCAGGGCCAAGACCAUUCACAUUCGUGCCAUUUGGAGGGGGUCCUAGGAUGUGUUUAGGGAAAGAGUUUGCUCGAUUGGAAGUACUUGCAUUCCUUCACAACAUUGUUACCAAUUUCAAGUGGGACCUGUUGAUACCCAAUGAGAAAAUCGAAUACGAUCCCAUGCCUACCCCGGUAAAAGGGCUUCCGAUUCGUAUCCAUCCUCAUUAAGUUUGAUUACUCCUAGCUUGAACUAACGGAGGUAGAUCAUUGUAAGGAAUCUCUGGGGCAAAUGAUGCGCAUAUUAUAUAGGGUAAAUUACACUUUUCGUCCUUUAUGUUUGUAGUACAUUGCAAUGGAUAACGUUUAACUUCAAUAAUUACA